AUGAAUUUGGAGUUACUUGAAUCGUUUGGACAAAACUACCCCGAGGAAUUUGAUGGCACUCUUGAUUCUAUAUCUUUAGCUGCAACUUGUGCUUUCAACCGUCGUGGCACUUUACUAGCUGUAGGCUGCAAUGAUGGUAGAAUCUUCAUAUGGGACUUCCUCACUAGAGGCAUAGCUAAGUCUAUAUCAGCUCAUGUGUACCCUGUAUGUAGUUUAAGUUGGUCACGAAAUUGUAAAAAAUUACUAUCAGCAUCAACAGAUCACAAUGUUUGCAUUUGGGAUGUGCUAUCAGGGGAAUGUGAGCAACGUUACAGGUUUCCAACUCCAAUAUUGAGAGUUCAGUUUGAUCCUAGAAAUGAUAAGCGAUUUUUAGUUUGCCCAAUGAGACAUGCAGCUUUGUUAGUCGACACUGAUGGAGAACAUAAAAUAUUGCCUAUAGAUGAAGAUGGUGAUAUAAAUGUAAUAGCAUCAUUUGACCGACGAGGAGAUCAUGUGUAUACAGGGAAUGCUAAAGGAAAAAUUUUAAUUCUAGAUUCACAAACAUUGAGUGUAAGAGCCAGUUUCAAAAUAACAGUGGGCACUUCAAGCACUACUGGGAUAAAAAGUAUUGAAUUCGCUAGAAGAGGAGACUGUUUCCUUGUGAACACAUCUGACAGAGUCAUAAGAGUGUAUGACACAAACACAGUCCUGAAAUCAGGUGUGAAUGGAGAGCCCGAGCCUAUACAGAAAUUGCAAGAUCUUGUUAACAAGACGACCUGGAAGAAGUGCUGUUUUUCCGGCGACGGUGAGUACAUCUGCGCGGGUUCGGCGCGACAACACGCGCUCUACGUGUGGGAGAAGAGCAUCGGCAACCUGGUGAAGAUCCUGCACGGCACCAAGGGGGAGCUGCUGCUGGACGUGGUGUGGCACCCCGUGCGCCCCAUCAUUGCGAGCAUCAGUGCUGGUGUGGUAUCAAUCUGGGCACAAAACCAAGUGGAGAACUGGUCCGCGUUCGCUCCCGAUUUCAAGGAGUUGGACGAAAACGUGGAAUACGAGGAGCGGGAGAGCGAGUUCGAUGUGGAAGACGAGGACCGCUCCGUGGACCAGGCUGGGGAGAGCCGAGAUGAUGAGGAGGUAGAGGUGGACGUGACGUCGUGCGAGCCCGUGGCCGCCUUCUGCAGCUCGGACGAGGAGGGCGAGGACGAGCACAUGCUGUCCUUCCUGCCCAUCGCGCCGGAGAUAGAGGACCCCGAAGACGGCUGGGCGGCCACGCAGGAGACGGUGACGCCGAGCGCGACGCCCGAGAAGCUGGAGCCGGCCGCGAAACGCCUGAAGAGCAAGACCUACGAUAUAUCUCUCAAACUCGCACCUCCCGAACAACCACUCUCGUUUGGGGGUAAAAAUAAGCAAGCAGCGGGAAAUAAGAAAGUUGCUGGUAGACCUCGAAAA